AUGUUGUAUUAAUUUGAGGUUAAAUGUUCUGUAGCCGUUGAUGAUAAAUAAUAAUAAAGACGAUAUUUUUCAACAACUGUUUGAAUUGAAAAUUUGUCGAACUUAACACAUCAACAAUUUCAAAUUAUGUCUAAUAAAAAGAGAGAUAACCAAGUACCUGCGGAGGAGAGUGAUCAACUCUUAAUAAGACCUCUAGGAGCAGGCCAGGAAGUUGGAAGAUCCUGCAUCAUGGUUGAAUUCAAAGGCAAAAAAAUAAUGCUUGAUUGCGGUAUUCACCCUGGUCUAUCAGGAAUGGAUGCUCUUCCAUUUGUUGAUUUGAUUGAAGCAGAUGAAAUCGAUUUGCUUUUAAUUUCACAUUUCCAUUUGGAUCAUUGUGGAGCUUUGCCCUGGUUUUUACUUAAAACAAAUUUCAAAGGGCGUUGCUUUAUGACACAUGCUACUAAAGCCAUUUAUCGAUGGUUACUUUCGGAUUACAUAAAAGUUAGUAAUAUAGCUACCGAACAAAUGCUUUAUACUGAAGCAGACUUAGAAGCAAGUAUGGAUAAAAUUGAAACAAUAAAUUUCCAUGAGGAAAAAGAAAUUUUAGGUAUCAAAUUUUGGGCAUACAAUGCUGGUCAUGUUUUAGGAGCAGCUAUGUUCAUGCUAGAAAUUGCUGGUAUUAAGAUUUUGUAUACUGGAGAUUUUUCUAGGCAAGAAGAUAGGCAUUUGAUGGCAGCAGAAAUACCAACUGUACAUCCUGAUGUUCUCAUAACAGAAUCAACAUAUGGUACCCAUAUACAUGAAAAAAGAGAAGAACGAGAAGGAAGAUUCACUAAUCUGGUUCAUGAUAUUGUAAAUAGAGGUGGACGUUGCCUUAUCCCUGUAUUUGCACUGGGAAGAGCACAAGAAUUACUACUAAUUUUAGAUGAAUACUGGACCCAACACCCAGAGCUACAUGAUAUUCCUAUUUAUUAUGCAUCUUCUUUAGCAAAGAAAUGUAUGGCGGUUUACCAAACUUAUAUCAAUGCUAUGAACGAUAAAAUUAAAAGACAAAUUGCUGUCAACAAUCCAUUUGUGUUUAAACAUAUAUCUAACUUAAAGGGCAUUGAUCACUUUGAGGAUGUAGGUCCAUGUGUGAUAAUGGCUUCUCCAGGUAUGAUGCAGAGUGGGUUGUCAAGGGAAUUAUUCGAAUCAUGGUGCACGGAUCCCAAAAAUGGUGUUAUUAUUGCUGGUUAUUGUGUAGAAGGAACAUUGGCAAAAACUAUUCUUUCCGAACCAGAAGAAAUAACCACCAUGUUAGGUCAGAAGUUGCCAUUGAAAAUGUCUGUAGAUUAUAUAUCAUUCUCGGCUCACACGGAUUACCAGCAAACAAGUGAAUUUAUAAGGAUAUUGAAGCCUCUACAUGUGGUGCUAGUCCAUGGUGAACAAAAUGAAAUGAGCCGACUCAAAGCUGCCUUGGUUAGAGAAUACGAGGAUGACCCCAAUACAACAAUUCAUAUACACAAUCCUAGAAAUACCCAUUCCGUAGAACUGGCAUUCAGAGGAGAAAAGACAGCUAAAGUUAUGGGAUCGCUGGCUGUUGAAGAGCCGCAGGUUGGCAAAAACCUUUCUGGCAUUCUAGUCAAACGGAACUUCAAUUACCACAUUUUAUCAGCAGAGGAUUUGCCAAAAUAUACGGAUAUGAGUAUGAGCCAAAUUCUUCAGAGGCAAAGUAUACAUUACUCUGGGAACAUGUCAGUUCUUAGACAUUUUAUUUCACAAGUGGCAGGACUUUUAGAAUCGGUGGAUGAGAAGAAAUUGAAAGCUUUUGGGGCAGUUGAGAUAAUCUUCGAAGGAAAAAUUGUUACCCUGGAGUGGCUAGCAAAUCCAAUCAAUGAUAUGUACGCUGAUGCAAUUGUAGCUGCAAUAUUACAAGCUGAUCUUUUAGAAGCGCCUAUCAAGAACUUGGCUACAAAUGUAAAGGUCGAUAGGAUGCAUUUUAAGGAAUGCCUUAUAGAAAUGCUGCAAGACAUGUUUGGAGAGGAUUCAGUUCCAAAAAUCUUCAAAGGUGAAAAGUUAUAUGUUGCUGUGAAUGACAAGAGAGCAGAUAUUGACUUGUCAACCUUAAAAGUUGAAUGCCCAGACGAUGAAACAUUCCAACAAAUAGUACAAACAGCGGUGUCUAAGCUAUAUCAAUCCUUAGCUCCUCCACAGGUGGAGUAAACAAUUCUUUCAAUCCCUUAGAAUGUUAUAAGUUCUCUGCUAAGCAGGGUAAUGUAUACCUUAUGGGUAUUGACAAAUGAAAUAAUCAACAUUCUAUCUUCAUGUAAUUGUUAUAUUCGGCAACAUAAUUCAUUUUGUUAGUUAUGGAAAGCUGUCCACUUUUUAAACAUUUAUGCAAGGUUUCUAAAUUACUGAUUUUUUCGUUCAACACUAAUAAAAAAAAAAAAUAUGUGCCCGAAAGUAUAAAUUGAUGUAUGCAGUGUAAAUAACUUUUUCAAAGUAAGAUAUUCGAAUGAUCAAUUUAAAAUCUCAUAUUUUUCAACUUAACACUUAUUGAUAACAAAAAUUGUGGAGAAAUUUGCAUAAAAUCAAGUAAGAAUUACAUUUUUGAAGAAACUUUGCAAAAAUUGUUAUUGUUAUAUCUGUAAUUAGCAUUGCAUAAUUUGGUGAAACAUUUAAAGACAGUAAAUGUUUUGCUUUAUUUUAUCAUUGUAAAUAUAAAAAUAUUUCGUACAAUAAGUUCUUUAUAAAAAUUAUUUUAUCUUAAAAAUAUUGCAAUAAGAACUUUUGUAUUCUAUUUAAAUUGACAAAUAAAAUAAUUGAAAAUAAAAAUUUUCAUU